CGCCGGCGAAAAUUCCAUAGCUGCCACUCAGCUAGCGAGACUUUGUUCUCAAUUUGUCUCGCGCAUUCACUCACCUCUUUUUACCCCGCUGGAGCAGUCCCCCUCCAUUUCGCGACUGCUGAGAUCUUCAAACAACACCGCAACGUUUUCUUCUCGUUUAAUUUUUGACAACUAGUUGUCUUCAAUCCUUCCACCAUGGCGUCCGAACAGCCCACCGAGCAGCCUACUGAAACUCAGGGUGGUUCUCUCGCAGACCGCAUCAGCAAGCCUGAUGAGUCAAAACCUUCCGAAGAAACCAGCGGCGACCAGACAGAUGGCGCCCCCAAGGAAUUGGGUGGCUCUGACCUCCACGAGCCCGAGUACAACGUCGAAGUCAAGCUCAGCGAUCUUCAAGCCGACCCUAACAACCCCCUCUACUCUGUGAAGAAUUUUGAGGACCUUGGAAUCGACCCGCGCAUUCUCCAGGGACUGUCAGCCAUGAACUUCCGAAAGCCCUCCAAGAUUCAAGAAAGAGCCCUGCCCUUGCUUCUGAGCAACCCUCCCAAGAACCUGGUCGGACAGUCGCAAUCCGGAACUGGUAAAACGGCUGCCUUCGUUCUCAAUGUUCUCAGCCGGUUGGACCUUUCGACGGAACAGAUGCAGAAGACACCCCAAGCUUUGAUCCUUGCCCCGACCCGCGAGCUGGCUCGUCAGAUCGUCGGUGUCGUUCAGGUUAUGGGACAGUUCCUUACUGGAAUCGCUAUCGGAACGGCAGUUCCCGCAGACUCUAACAGCCGCCCAACAAGAUUGGAGUGCUCCGUUGUGGUCGGCACACCCGGAACCGUCAUGGAUAUGAUCAAGAAGCGCAUUAUGGUUGCAAACAAACUCAGAGUGCUUGUUUUGGAUGAGGCAGACAACAUGCUUGACCAGCAAGGUUUGGGUGACCAGUGUAUUCGUGUUAAGGGCCUUUUGCCGAGAGACAUCCAAGUGGUUCUCUUUUCUGCCACAUUCCCUGCCCACGUGCACCGAUAUGCCUCCAAGUUCGCGCCAAACGCCAACGAAAUUACCCUGCAGCACGAGGAAUUGACAGUAGAGGGUAUCAAACAACUUUACCUCGACUGCUCCGAUGAUGAAGACAAGUACAGGACCUUGGUCCAGCUCUACGGUCUCCUUACUGUCGGUUCUUCUAUUAUUUUCGUCAAGACACGUGUUUCUGCUCUUGAGAUCGAGAAGCGCAUGGUCGCUGAGGGACACACUGUUGCAUCGUUGACUGGUGGUAUUGAAGGAUCCCAGCGUGAUUCCGUCAUUGACAAAUUCCGUGCUGGUGAGGCCAAAGUGUUGAUCACUACCAACGUCCUCGCUCGUGGAAUUGACGUUUCGACUGUCUCCAUGGUUAUCAACUACGAUAUCCCCGAAAUUCACCAGCCUGGUGGAGCUGAGCGCCAGGCCGACUUCCAGACCUACCUCCACCGUAUUGGUCGUACCGGACGUUUCGGUCGUGUUGGUGUUUCGAUCUCGUUUGUCGGUAACAGAGAGGAAUGGAACAUGCUCAACCAGAUCCAGCAAUACUUCAACACCAGCAUCCAGCGUAUCGACACCAAGGACUGGGACGAGGUGGAGGACAUCAUCAAGAAGACGAUCAAGAGCUCCCGCUCCCAGUCAAACUAUGGAAAAUAAACAAAGGAUGUGUCUGAUGGGUUUUUAUGUUGUCGUCUAUGCUUCCGGUUAUGUGAUGGUUUGAUCCGCGAACAUUAGCCACCUGUGCCAGCAUGCCGCUAGGCCGAAGUCAGGCGACUUGCUUUGAGCAGCUUGGUUUAGCAAGGAUAUGCAAUGCGGUAAUGUGCGAAGAGUCAUGAAAUUUUCUUUGUUAAAAUCAAAGAAUGAAUAAUAGAUACCAAUACAACGAUCUAGAUCGAUUUACUGAUUGUCGAUAAGAUAGUGGAGUACUCCGUAGCUGACUAGUGUAUUAUGAAUAUCCCUGUUCUCAGUUUCCAUUAAAAGAUUACAAAGUCAAGG